GAGACUGAGUAACAUAGAGGGGAACAUGGCGUAAAUAAUACAGGAAUAUAAUUUGUUGCUGGUGGCGGAGACUGGCGGGGUGGCCGGACCCCGCGCGCCACCCGCGCUCCACAAGCCCGCCACCCGUUACUCCUUUAAGGUCUCAUCCGACAACCCUAUUAUAAACGAUGGCAGAAGACACCCCAGUCGAUAGCCCCAAGCGUAAACGUGGACGUCCACCAAAGCCCGAGAGUGAGAAGGUGGCUCCUAAACGCAAGUCCACUGAAGCUGAUAGUGGCAGCACUGCCAAGAGGGGCCGAGGGCGCCCAAAGGGCAGCAAAAACAAAGGAAAGAAAGGUGCUACAGGGAAAGGAUCGGGAAAGCGUGGGCGUCCUGCCAAGAAUGCACCCAAGGAAGAUGCAUCUGAAGAAUCUGCUGAAGAGGCAGAGUAAAUAUUUUAGUAAAGGACCAUCACCACACCCCGACAUUGGCUGCCAUUAAAGAUGGACUAAAACUAUCCAUCUUGGAAUACAUCUGUUACUGUAUAAUCUAUCCGAAACUGGCGUGAAAAUGGAAUAUUUCUCCGAAGCUCAGAAGUGUUGAGCAGCUCAUGUAUGCCCUAAGUGUUUGUCCUUCAGUUAUGCCUAAAUGUCUUUGUACUUCCAAAUAGCUUAAAAGUACCUAUUUUUCUAUGUAUUUACAUCGGUAAAGGCUUCUCGAGUAGAAACUAGGCAAAGGGUCUGUAGGGGUAUGGUGGAUGAGGUCAAAUAAUCGUUUCUUUUUAUAAGUGUCUGUAUGGUGUUAGAGUAGGUGUUUCAAAUUUAAUACCAUUUUCUCAGAGUACAAAAUGGAUAAUUUGGAAUUAUUUCUUGCAUUUGCUUGAGAGGAUUUUUAUGUUGGCAUUUUGAGUUUGUGGGAAAUGAGAUCUGAUGAAAUGUCACUAUAUAUCACAUCACACAUUCGUCCUUCUCAUUAUCACCAAAGAUCAGAAUGCUUAUCAAGGCUAUUUAAUGCCUUGUGGUCAUGACGUUCAUUGAGGGACCAAUUUGUUCCCAAUCAUUAAAUUUUAAAUUUUAUGCAGGUCAAUAAUCUGCAUUUAAUUGUCCUCAUAAUAAAGUUUUAGUUGUGUAAA